UACAACUAAAUACUCUCAUCCCACAGCGCCCUUCAUCAACAUCAAAUCGUCUACUUGACAGUCCGCUGACAACCUUUAAACAACUUCACCGUACUAUUCAUCAACACUCGGCAAGAUGCAGAUCUUCGUCAAGACCCUCACCGGCAAGACCAUCACUCUUGAGGUCGAGUCUUCCGACACCAUCGACAACGUUAAGUCGAAGAUUCAAGACAAGGAGGGAAUUCCUCCCGACCAGCAGCGAUUGAUCUUCGCCGGAAAGCAGCUUGAAGACGGUCGCACUCUUUCUGACUACAACAUUCAGAAGGAGAGCACUCUCCACCUUGUCCUCCGCCUGCGUGGUGGUAUGCAAAUCUUCGUCAAGACCCUGACUGGAAAGACCAUUACCCUUGAGGUCGAAUCCUCCGACACCAUCGACAAUGUGAAGUCUAAGAUCCAGGACAAGGAGGGCAUUCCUCCCGACCAACAGCGCUUGAUCUUUGCGGGCAAGCAACUUGAGGACGGCCGAACUCUGUCCGACUACAACAUCCAGAAGGAGUCCACUCUUCACCUGGUCCUUCGUCUCCGUGGUGGAAUGCAAAUCUUCGUGAAGACCCUCACUGGCAAGACAAUCACCCUUGAGGUUGAGUCAUCGGACACCAUUGACAACGUCAAAUCGAAGAUUCAGGACAAGGAGGGUAUCCCACCUGACCAACAGCGACUUAUUUUCGCCGGUAAGCAGUUGGAAGAUGGCCGAACCCUCAGCGACUACAACAUCCAGAAGGAAUCCACCCUUCACCUUGUGCUCAGACUUCGUGGUGGUAUGCAGAUCUUCGUCAAGACAUUGACGGGCAAGACUAUUACCCUGGAAGUUGAAUCUUCGGACACUAUCGACAACGUUAAGUCAAAGAUCCAGGACAAGGAAGGCAUCCCUCCCGACCAGCAACGUCUUAUCUUCGCGGGUAAGCAACUGGAGGAUGGUCGCACUUUGAGCGACUACAACAUCCAAAAGGAGUCUACGCUCCACUUGGUCCUCCGUCUACGUGGUGGACAAUAGAUGCUUGACGACGACGGCGAAUGACGACACUUGCACGAAUUGGCGUUAAUGGUUUCUGCCCAAGAUAGGGCUUUCGAGGUUGAUUGCAUCAAUGGACAUAUUAUAAUGGUCUUCAGAUAGUGCAUCAUGAUGAAUUGAUGCCCGGGACUAAUAUACCUCCUGUUGUUCAUUGACA